AUGGCUACCACAGUUUCAAACACUCUCCGCGACAUCGGUAACUCCGCCGCUGGCGCUGUGGAAGGUGCUGUGCAUAACAAGAAAAUCGCGGACCUAGAGAAGAACAAGAAGAACCAGCACGAUACCAAGCAGAACACCACUACCGACUGGGGUGCCAAAGUUUCUGAUGUUGACCAUGCGGUGAAGAUUGUCGAUGAGAAGGGCAACCAUGUCGGCCCCACCCUGCUGGAAGAUGAAGUGUUCCGCGAGAGGAUCCAUCGGUUUGAUCACGAGCGCAUCCCUGAGCGUGUUGUCCACGCAAGAGGAGCCGGUGCCCACGGUACUUUCAAGCUCUUCGAGAGCUGUGAAGAUGUCACCUCGGCCGGCGUCUUGACUGACACUUCUCGAACAACUCCCAUCUUUGUCCGUUUCUCAACCGUGCAAGGCAGUCGCGGUAGCGCAGACACCGUUCGAGAUGUCAGAGGUUUUGCUCUGAAGUUUUACACGGAUGAGGGCAACUGGGAUAUUGUGGCAAACGACAUUCCCGUGUUCUUCAUUCAAGAAGCUAUCAAGUUCCCCGAUCUCGUGCAUUCCCUUAAGCCAGAGCCCGACAACGAGGUCCCUCAGGGCCAAACUGCGCACAACAACUUCUGGGACUUCGCAUUCCUGCACAAGGAAGCAACCCACAUGUUGUUCUGGGCCAUGUCCGAUCGAGGGAUUCCCCGCUCCUACCGCAUGAUUCAAGGAUUUGGUGUCAACACAUUCGUGAUGAUCAACGCGAAAGGCGAGCGUACCUUCGUCAAAUUCAUCUGGACACCCGAACUAGGUGUGCAUUCGUUGGUUUGGGAUGAGGCUCUUAAGCUGGCUGGCCAGGACCCAGAUUUCCACCGCAAAGAUCUGUGGGAAGCCAUUGAGAAUGGAGCCUAUCCUAAAUGGAAGUUCGGUUUCCAAGCCAUCAAGGACGGCGACCAGGACAAAUUCGAUUUCGAUAUCCUUGACGCCACCAAGGUGUGGCCUGAAGAAUUGGUGCCCAUCCGUUACGUCGGAGAACUCGAAUUGAACCGCAACAUUGACGAGUACUUCGCGGAGACCGAACAGGUGGCCUUCUGCACCAGCCACAUUGUUCCUGGUAUCGACUUCAGCGAGGACCCUCUCCUUCAAGGCCGCAACUUCUCCUACCAAGACACUCAACUCUCGCGGCUGGGCGUCAACUGGGAGGAACUACCCAUCAACCGCCCCGUCUGCCCGGUGUUGAACUUCAACCGGGAUGGCCAAGGACGACACACCAUAAGCAAAGGCAAAGCCAACUACUGGCCUAACCGAUUCGAAGCCAACCCACCAACAGGCCAAGGCGGAAAGGGUGGUCUCGAGUCCUUCCCAGCCACAUACCCAGGCGUCAAAGCCCGCAGACUGACGCCCAAGUGGAAGGAAUAUCUCUCGCAAGCUCAACUCUUCUUCAACUCCAUGUCCGAGAUUGAAAAGAAGCACAUUAUCGAAGCCUUCUCGUUCGAACUUGAUCACUGCGACGAUGAUAUCGUUUAUGAGCGCAUGGUGACCCGGUUGGCCGAGAUCGAUCUUUCGCUCGCCCAGGCCGUGGCGCAGAAUGCCGGUGCCAAGUCGCCGGAGGUGCAACUCCAACCCAACCACGGCAAGAAAGCGAAGGGUCUCAGCCAGUUCGACUAUAUGCCCAAGGAGCCAACGAUCAAGGGCCGCCGCGUCGCAAUCCUUAUCGCAGAUGGGUUCGAUCUCACCGCCUACGAGGCCAUGAAGGCUGCGGUAUUUGCACAGUCAGCUGUUCCCUGGACGAUAGGAGUCAAGCGUCAAGCCAUGAAGUCUGCGGAUGGAACCAAGGAAGUCAAGGCUGAUCACUUUAUCAACGGCCAGCGAUCAACCAUGUUCGAUGCUCUGUUCAUCCCAGGUGGUGCCCAGUCAAUCCAGACGCUCAAGAAGAUGGGGCUUGCGAGAUUCUGGGUCAAGGAGGCUUUCGGCCACUUGAAGGCCAUCGCUGCCGUUGGGGAAGGUGUCGACCUCGUCCACGCCGCUCUCACUGAAGUCGAGAAUGUCAAGUUGGCAGGCGCCGGUGCUGGUGCUGACGGAGUGGUGAACUGGUAUGGUGUGAUCACUGCUACUGAUGCUUCAGCCGCCAGCAUUGCCAAGGAAGCCGUCAAAAUCACCAAAGAUACCAAGGACUUCGCCGGCCAAUUCUUCUUCGAAAUUUCGCAGCAUAGGAACUUCUUCAGAGAGUUGGAUGGUUAUGCUGAACAGGUGUCCAUCUAA